AAGGAGAGGGUAUAGAGCAUUUGCUUUUUCUGUCUGAUGAAACGACAACAAGAAGCCAACGACCUUGGAUAAACAUUUUUUUUCCAGAACAAUUUUAUAUAUAUUUUCUAGUUUAUGAAAAUUGCCAUUUUUAGAUCUUACAUCUUUUGGAUAAAACAGUAAUAGAUUCGACUCUGGAAAGAUGAACUUGGUAUUGUUUGUUAAGGGGAGGGACGAUUUAGAAUUCAAGCGAUACUGAUUUCCUCCACCAUGUCAUGGAAAAGAAACUACUUUGCAUCUGGCAGCAGUGGCUUACAGGGUACAUUCACCCCACGAACCAUGACAUCAGUUGCCCCCAGCAAAGGACUCAUCAAUGAGCCAGGACAGAACAGCUGCUUCCUGAACAGCGCUCUACAGGUUCUCUGGCAUCUGGAUAUCUUCCGGCGAAGUUUCCGACAGCUCACCACACACAAGUGCAUGGAAGACUCAUGCAUCUUCUGCGCUCUGAAGAGCAUAUUUGUACAGUUCCAGUUCAGCAGUGAGAAGGUGCUGCCUUCUGAUGCUCUCCGCUGUGCUCUGGCCAAAACCUUCCAGGAUGAGCAGCGAUUCCAGCUCGGCAUUAUGGACGACGCAGCUGAGUGCUUUGAGAAUAUCCUCAUGAGGAUCCACUUUCACAUCUCUGAUGAGACUAAAGAGGACAUCUGCACGACCAAACACUGCAUCCCUCACCAGAAGUUUGCCAUGACACUCUUUGAGCAGUGUGUGUGCAGCAACUGUGGAGCAUCCUCAGACCCCUUGCCCUUCGUUCAGAUGGUCCACUACAUCUCCACCACCUCUCUGUGUAACCAGGCAGUGCGGAUGCUGGAAUGCCGGGAGAAGGCCACACCAGACAUGUUCGGAGAGCUGCUGAGGAACGCCAGCACUGUGGGAGACCUGCGCAACUGCCCGGGCAACUGUGGAGAGAAGCUCCGUAUUCGACGUGUCCUGAUGAACUCCCCAGAGAUCAUCACCAUUGGUCUGGUGUGGGACUCGGACCACUCUGACCUGGCAGAAGACGUCAUUCAUAGCCUGGGCACCGUCCUGCGGCUCGGAGAUCUGUUCUACAGAGUGACAGAGGACAAGGCCAAACAGGCGGAGCUCUACCUGGUGGGCGUGGUCUGUUACUAUGGCAAACACUACUCUACUUUCUUCUUCCAAACCAAAAUCCGCAAGUGGAUUUACUUCGAUGACGCUCAUGUGAAAGAGAUUGGGCCCAAGUGGAAGGAUGUGGUGUCCCGCUGUAUAAAGGGGCAUUACCAGCCGCUGUUGCUGCUCUAUGCUGACCCCCGGGGGACGCCAGUCUCAGCUCAGGAUUUGGCUUCACGCCUAGACCUACAUCACUACACUAAAGCAUACUACGACAGUGAGGAUUCAGGCCGUGAGCCAUCGAUUUCCAGCGACACACGGACAGACUCCUCCACAGACAGCUACAGCUAUAAGCAUUCCCACUCCCACCACGAGUCUAUGGCUUCCCACUUCUCCUCUGACUCCCAGGGAACAGUCAUCUGUAACCCAGACAACGACUCUGCCUCCCACAGCAGCCUGGAAAACACAGGUCCUGACAGCGAUCCAGUGCGACGCCACACUCUCAGACAAGAUGGGGUCUCAGACAGAAAGGGAGGAAUUUUGGACAGGAAACGAAGUGCCAGCAGGCCCCGAAGAUUUGAGGCCCGGGUUGAUUCAAGGAGUCGUUGCUCUAAGACAGAUGAGGUGUUGUCUGCCGGCUACCACAGUGAAGGCGAGACUUUAAAAGAACAGCAGGUUCCUCGUUCCCUACCUAAACCUAGCUCUAGUCGGCUUCGAGACUUUAAGGAGACUAUGAGCAACAUUAUCCAUAAUCGGCCGCUUUCUGCAUCAUCCUCGAGCUCUCUUGGCCCACCCAACUCCACUAUUAAGACCCGAGACUGGGAAGCUGACAGCUCCAGCAGCGAGUCCAAGUCCAGCUCGUCAGGAGGGCGGUACCAUCCACCCUGGAAGCCUCGUCGAGAGGCCCUCAACAUCGACAGCAUCUUUAGCAGGGAACGUCGCAAGCAGGCCGGGUAUAGUCCGCUAGGAGCUCUCUUGUCUGAAGACCCAGGGCCUCAGGGGGACCUGGCGGCCUCAAUGGGGCAGACCAUCUUUCGAGACCUACCAGGACCCCUGAGACGAGGAUCAGAGCAGCCCCCACGGCUUAUCCAGAGGAUGGAGAGCGGCUAUGAGAGCAGUGAGAGGAACAGCAACAGCCCCGUCAGUCUGGACAUGCCCGUUAGUGAGGGCGCCAGUAAUGGCAUGCACAGGUAUGACGCAAAAAAUCUUCCUCCUCCUGAUGUCAGCCCAUCAUUGAAGACUGUCUCCAAAUCCAAGAGCAGCAGUGCCCUACUACAGGAUGUCAAAGCAUCAGCCAAGGGCAGCAGUCACAUGAGUUUAGGCGAAGGCCACAGUGAACUGGAUGAGCUACAGGAGGAAGUAGCUCGCCGGGCCAGGGAGCAAGAGUUACAGAGGCGAAAGGAAAAGGAGAAAGAAGCGGCCAUGGGCUUCAAUCCCAAACCCAGCAAGUUCAUGGAUCUGGAUGAGCUCCAGAACCAAGGGAAAGGGGAAGGCUUUGAGAGGUGUGUGUUGGAGGCAGAGUCUCUGUUAGACCAGUCUCUGAGGUUGGAACAGGCAGGAGAGGUGGCUGCUGCUCUGUCUGUAGUUAAUGAAGCAAUGUCUAAACUCAGGCAUACCUUGCAUGAGAGCAGCGCUAACUCUCAGGGCAGGAUGCAAAAGUGCAUGAGGAGAGCACGAAGUCUGCAGCAACGCAUGCAGCAGCAGGAACUGCAGCAGAAGCAACAGGAGGAAGAGAAGGAACAGAAACAGCCCCACAGUGAACAGUCUGUCCCGGUCCAAAUACUUCUGACAAAUGUUAAAGAAGAGGAUGAGAAGUCAUUUUCUGAAGAUGCAUUAAGACCACCAUCACCUCUCCACAUGAAACCUCAGUCUACAAAUAAACCGAUUUCUGAAGCCCCCGGCCCUCCAGUCUCCUACCAUACAGACACACUUUCCCAGCAGCAGGGCAACGCAGGGGACAACUCCAGUCCUCUUGCUGUGACAGAUAAUGGGCCGCAGUCACACACGUGGGGUCCCAGAGAACCUGUAACCACCACAAACUCUCUUGUACAGACUGCUAGUAUACACAGUUCUGCCACUGUGCCUGUGGUUGCAGUGAAUGGCUGCGAGGAUCCUUUCAAAUCGUCAGUUCAGCUCAAUACCCCCUCUAGUCCAUCUCAUUUCAGUGCCCGUCAAACACCUUCCAUCUCUGAUCACCCUAACUCUGGGGAAGGACCGCAAAACCCGCCUCGUCCUCAAUCUCUCCAUGGCCUAACCCACGCACCCCAUAGCCGCAAUUCUGAUGCCUGUCAAAAAUCACUCCCGGCACCCUCACAUAAUUGGUCCUGUCACAGUCUGGAACGUCCUGAUGGCCGUCCUACAGUGAUGGAGUCCUCCCCGUGCUCUCCAUCAGACCUCCACUCCCCCUGUCCUCCGUCCCUAUCUUCACCAGCACUGGAUCAGCAUCCAGCUGGCCCUAUGCCCGUGGAGCGAUGGGCAGAGAAUGUCAAUCGAUACUACAACUCCCAGAAUUAUGCACAGUCGGGACGUGGCUCACCCUGUGAGGAGCUGUCAGACCUGGACUCACUUUAUCAGGCCAGCUUGAUGGCUCCCAGCAUGCCUCGAGCCCCUCGGGGACCCAGCCCCCACCUUGCCAACAGAUCCGGUCCUGCUGCUUCUCGAAAGCACAACGCUGGGUUCUCUGCCACACUUGGCCGUUCCAAAACCCCCACAGCAGAGAUCGAGAGGAGUGCCUACAGGACGCCAGCAUACAGCACUAAACCACUUCAGAAGGCGAGUUGGCAUACCUGCAUUAUCUCAGUAGAAUUGAUAGUGUUGAUACAUGAUAUAAGAUCUGAGAAUAAUUGUCAUUGCCCAAAGUGAAGAACUUUUACUGUU